AUGGUGCACCACGCUGACUAUACCAACUUUUCGAAUUCGUCUUCAUCCAGUUCUAAACGAGAAACGCUUCAACAGGUUCUUGAUGCAUAUACUGCUCUCGAAACUCCGUACUUGAUCUCCAACUUAUCUAACUGCGCAUCACUCUUAUGGCAUGCAUAUCAUUCACUUGGUAUUAAUGUGAACUGGUCUGGGUUCUACAUUGAUCAUCAAUAUCAAAUCAGCAAUGUCAAAAUCGGCAACGACCAUAACUCCAUUGAAACUGAAGGUACGUCUUCCACCCCAAAGCUACUCAUUCUAGGUCCAUUUCAUGGAAAAGUUGCAUGCCAAUCAAUACAGUGGGGUAAGGGGGUUUGCGGAACUGCGGCAUCGACAGCUGAAACUCAAGUUGUACCUAAUAUUGAUGAGUUCCCUGGUCAUAUAGCAUGCGAUGGUGAAACAAAGUCAGAGAUUGUUGUACCUAUCAAAGUCAACAUGCCUGAGUCUGUUGAGAAGACGCUGUCGUCAGUGGUGGUGGGAGUCAUUGAUUUGGAUUGCUUGGAUCUUAACGGGUUUGACGACAUUGAUAAAGAGUAUUUAGAACAAUUGGCCAAAUUACUAAGCAAGAGUUUCUAA